AUGGCAGCAACGGCUGUUGAUCGCAUAGAGCUCCUGAAGGAGUUUAAUCUGCAUGAGUUUUUCAAAGAGAUCCUCGACCAGAAGGAUUACAUCCCAGAACGGAGGCCUUUCAGUUUUUUUGGUCGAGUGUUGAAUUAUCUGGCCAAGGUGCCGCCUUUUUCCUUUGUGAGCCGGUUUGCCACUGGGGAUAUCAAAGAGCACGAAGUGGAGGUAUCUGAAAACUGUGCUUACCUUGUGGAGUUUCUGGCGCAAUUUGCUGACAAGAUCCCCUCGGACACCGAAAUGGAGGCUUUUGGCCAGUUGACCCCAGAGGGCAAAAAGAAGGCAACAAGGGGCCGAACCGCCUCGAAACAGGACCUGGAAAAGAAAGAUGACGCAAACAAAGACAAAGAUGAGGUUGAGGAAGAAAGUGAGGAAGAUGAUGAAGAUGAAGUUGAAGACAAAGAUGACAAUGCAGAGGGAGAUUUGGAAAGCCAACCAAAGGAACUUGAAAACCCGGACCAAGCAGAGACCCUGGACUAUGAGGCCUGGCUCUUUUGGCAGGACUCCCAGCCGAUCCAAGACGUGAUCCCAGGUACCUUGGAAGAAGCCGAAAGCCAGGUCAUUCUAGAUUCACAGGACAUCUGCGAGAGCCAGGUCGACCGACCACCACCCCCUCACCUAUGGCGACAAGAUGCCCAGGAAAUUCCUCAUGAUGAUGAUGACCAUGAUGUUAAAGCUGAAGAGGGCAAGAAAAACACCGGGGAAGUUAAGAAGACAAAGGAAAGAUCGAAGGAAGAUGAAGAGGAAGAACCCCCGAAGAAGGCUGCCCCACCCCCCCAAGAUGAGAAGAAGCCGAAAAGAAAGCAGAAGGAAGCUGAGAAGUCCGAGGAUGAAGAGGAUGAGAAGCCGAAGGUGAAAGCAUCCCGCAAGAAGGCAGUCGAUGCAAACAAGGAAGAUGAAGAUGAAGAAGCCGAAGCAGAGGAAGAACCCCCGAAGAAGGCUGCCCCACCCCCCCAAGAUGAGAAGAAGCCGAAAAGAAAGCAGAAGGAAGCUGAGAAGCCUGAGGAUGAAGAGGAUGAGAAGCCAAAGGUGAAAGCACCCCGCAAGAAGGCAGUCGAAGCAAACAAGGAAGAUGAAGAUGAAGAAGCCGAAGCAGAGGAAGAACCCCCGAAGAAGGCUGCCCCACCGCCCAAAGAUGAGAAGCCCAAAAGAAAGCAGAAGGAAGCUGAGAAGCCUGAGGAUGAAGAGGAUGAGAAGCCAAAGGUGAAAGCACCCCGCAAGAAGGCAGUCGAAGCAAACAAGGAAGAUGAAGAUGAAGAAGCCGAAGCAGAGGAAGAACCCCCGAAGAAGGCUGCCCCACCACCCAAAGAUGAGAAGAAGCACAAAAGAAAGCAGAAGGAAGCUGAUCGUGCAAACAAGGAAGAUGAAGAUGAAGAAGAGGAAGAACCCCCGAAGAAGGCUGCCCCACCACCCAAAGAUGAGGAGAAGCCCAAAAGAAAGCAGAAGGAAGCUGAGAAGUCUGAGGAUGGAGAAAACGAGAAGCCUAAGGUGAAAGCACCGAAGAAGGCUGCCCCACCGCCCCAAGAUGAGAAGAAGCCGAAAAGAAAGCAGAAGGAAGCUGAGAAGUCUGAGGAUGAAGAGGAUGAGAAGCCAAAGGUGAAAGCACCCCGCAAGAAGGCAGUCGAAGCAAACAAGGAAGAUGAAGAUGAAGAAGCCGAAGCAGAGGAAGAACCCCCGAAGAAGGCUGCCCCACCGCCCAAAGAUGAGAAGAAGCCCAAAAGAAAGCAGAAGGAAGCUGAGAAGUCCGAGGAUGAAGAGGAUGAGAAGCCGAAGGUGAAAGCACCCCGCAAGAAGGCAGUCGAUGCAAACAAGGAAGAUGAAGAUGAAGAAGCCGAAGCAGAGGAAGAACCCCCAAAGAAGGCUGCCCCACCGCCCAAAGAUGAGAAGAAGCCCAAAAGAAAGCAGAAGGAAGCUGAGAAGUCUGAGGACGAAGAGGAUGAGAAGCCAAAGGUGAAAGCACCCCGCAAGAAGGCAGUCGAAGCAAACAAGGAAGAUGAAGACGAAGAAGCCGAAGCAGAGGAAGAACCCCCGAAGAAGGCUGCCCCACCGCCCAAAGAUGAGAAGCCCAAAAGAAAGCAGAAGGAAGCUGAGAAGCCUGAGGAUGAAGAGGAUGAGAAGCCAAAGGUGAAAGCACCCCGCAAGAAGGCAGUCGAUGCAAACAAGGAAGAUGAAGAUGAAGAAGCCGAAGCAGAGGAAGAACCCCCGAAGAAGGCUGCCCCACCACCCAAAGAUGAGAAGAAGCCCAAAAGAAAGCAGAAGGAAGCUGAGAAGCCUGAGGAUGAAGAGGAUGAGAAGCCAAAGGUGAAAGCACCCCGCAAGAAGGCAGUCGAAGCAAACAAGGAAGAUGAAGAUGAAGAAGAGGAAGAAACCCCGAAGAAGGCUGCCCCACCGCCCAAAGAUGAGAAGAAGCUGAAAAGAAAGCAGAAGGAAGCUGAGAAGUCUGAGGACGAAGAGGAUGAGAAGCCAAAGGUGAAAGCACCCCGCAAGAAGGCAGUCGAAGCAAACAAGGAAGAUGAAGACGAAGAAGAAGAACCCCCAAAGAAGGCUGCCCCACCGCCCAAAGAUGAGAAGAAGCACAAAAGAAAGCAGAAGGAAGCUGAGAAGUCUGAGGAUGAAGAGGAUGAGAAGCCAAAGGUGAAAGCAUCCCGCAAGAAGGCAGUCGAUGCAAACAAGGAAAAUGAAGAUGAAGAAGCCGAAGCAGAGGAAGAACCCCCGAAGAAGGCUGCCCCACCACCCAAAGAUGAGAAGAAGCCCAAAAGAAAGCAGAAGGAAGCUGAGAAGUCUGAGGAUGAAGAAGUUGAACGAGAGGAGACAGUAGCUACCAUCCUAGACAGCGAUGAAGAGGAGGAGGAAGCGGAUGCACAGGGUGAAGUGGGUGGGACUUUCAAAGACACCAAGGGACCCCUUGUCAAAAACGAAAGGUUUUUGACCAAAGAGCAAAACAACCGAGCUGCAUUGAUCAUGGAGGAAAUGCGAAAGACACAUAAGGCAUUGUCCAAUACUUCCAAUGAUGACAUCAUCAAGGCCCAACGAAAGAUGAUGAAAACUUUGAGGGAAGAGGAGGAUGAGGGGGACGAUGAGGACAAGAUUCUUCGCCUAGCCGAAGAAGAAUCAGACAAUGAAAGAAAAGGACGAGAUGCAGAUGCAGCUGAUGCUGCGUCAGCGUCACGCAAAGAUGAGAGUGGGAAUGGCAAGGCCAAGAGAAAAGAAAGCAACAGAAAGGCAGCCAAAGAUCCCGAGGAAGCAGAAGGAACGACAUCACCCAAAGGUGUCGAUGACAAGGAGAAAGAACAGAAGAAAGCAAAGGAAAAGCCGAAGGCAAAGGCCCAGGAUCUGAGGAGCCCCAUGAAGAUAGCAGCAGCAGCUUCCCGAAGAGCAGUGGAGCAACAAAGAGCAGGUGGCUCGCAUGAGCACGACGCAGCGAAGAGAAAGCUGGACUUUGACAGCAUCGGCAAGCCCAACAAAGAACCAACUAGCCCAAAGAAAAAACCUGUGAGAACCAAGACCGCUGCUGAGAUCGAGAGUGCGUUGAAAGAGCUGGACACUGUGAUCACGUCGGCUAAGUGUCUAAUGUUUGAAUACCCUGCUGAAGUUGAGCAUACAUUGUCCCAGAUCAAAGCGAAGCAAGAAGUGGCACUUUCUUUCAAGACCUUCACUGUGAGAAUGCCGGCUGACCAAAAACCAGCCUGCUCUGACCCUGGAUCCAUUGGAGUUCUGCUGAAUAGCCGCACCUUCUUCCCUGUGAAUGUUCCCAAAGAGCGGAUUGAAAAGAUCAACAAAUCUAUGGGCCUAGUGCUGAACGUGAACAGCCGGAAGGGGGUGAGCUUGGCUUGGGCCAAACAUGGGAUUGACAAAGCGUGGACCCUGGCAAAGCUGUUGGCUGGAUGGGAGCGAAUUGCUGGUCAUCCCGAGCCGAAUGAGAGGUGA